CGAGGAUGGAGCCGGUGCGGGGCGCUGCAGCGGCUCCCGGUGCGCCCCCGACCAGGUAGACUUUCUCUCUCUGGCGUGGCUGGAAGAAGAACCUCCGGCCCCAGCUGUCCCUUCCCGUGGGUCUCGGUGUCUCAGCUGUUGCGACUGAGCUGCCGUUUCCACCUGGACAUGUGAGUCUGCUGGCCACAGGGCUGCCGUGCAGGAGACCUGGUGGCUGUGGACUCCCCAGCGUGGAGCAUCCCCUCUUUGACCUCGAAAGGUGGAGAAGCAGCCCCAUGAAGGUGCCCAGCCAUGCAAUGUUCCUGGAAGGCUGUCCUCCUCCUUGCCCUGGCCUCCAUCGCCAUCCAGUACACGGCCAUCCGCACCUUCACCGCCAAGUCCUUCCACACCUGCCCGGGGCUGGCCGAGACGGGGCUGGCCGAGCGGCUGUGUGACGAAGGCCCCACGUUCACCUACAACCUCUCCCGCAAGACCCACAUCCUCAUCCUGGCCACCACACGCAGUGGCUCCUCCUUCGUGGGCCAGCUCUUCAACCAGCACCUGGACGUCUUCUACCUGUUUGAGCCCCUCUACCACGUCCAGAACACGCUCAUCCCCCGCUUCACCCAGGGCAAGAGCCCCGCGGAUCGGCGGGUCAUGCUGGGCGCCAGCCGUGACCUCCUGAGGAGCCUCUAUGACUGUGACCUCCACUUCCUGGAGAACUACAUCAAGCCACCGCCCGUCAACCACACCACAGACAGGAUCUUCCGCCGCGGGGCUAGCAGGGUGCUGUGCUCGCGCCCCGUGUGCGACCCUCCAGGCUCCGCUGACCUGGUGCUGGAGGAAGGGGACUGUGUGCGCAAGUGCGGCCUGCUGAACCUGACGGUAGCUGCCGAGGCCUGUCGUGAGCGCAGCCACGUGGCCAUCAAGACAGUGAGGGUGCCUGAGGUUAAUGACCUGCGGGCCCUGGUUGAAGACCCCCGGUUAAACCUCAAGGUCAUCCAGCUGGUGCGAGACCCCCGUGGCAUCCUGGCUUCCCGCAGUGAGACCUUCCGCGACACAUACCGGCUCUGGCGGCUCUGGUACGGCACUGGGAGGAAACCCUACAACCUGGAUGUGACGCAGCUGACCACGGUGUGUGAGGACUUCUCCAACUCCGUGUCCACCGGCCUCAUGCGGCCCCCGUGGCUCAAAGGCAAGUACAUGCUGGUGCGCUACGAGGACUUGGCCAGGAACCCCAUGAAGAAGACCGAGGAGAUCUAUGGGUUCCUGGGUAUCCCCUUGGACAGCCACGUGGCCCGCUGGAUCCAGAACAACACGCAGGGUGACCCCACCUUGGGAAAGCACAAAUACGGCACCGUGCGCAACUCAGCGGCCACAGCCGAGAAGUGGCGCUUCCGCCUCUCCUAUGACAUCGUGGCCUUCGCCCAGAACGCCUGUCAGAGGGUGCUGGCGCAGCUGGGCUACAAGAUGGCCAGCUCGGAGGAGGAGCUCAAGAACCCCUCCGUCAGCCUGGUGGAGGAGCGAGACUUCCGCCCUUUCUUGUGA